ACAAUGUACCACUCUUCUACCCUCCUCUCUCCUCUAUCGAAACCCUAGACCAAAUUCACCCAUCAACCAUGCCGCCCAAAUCAAAAACCUCAGCCAAGAGAGCCUCCCCUCUUAAGAAGAAAGCGACGCCUUCAGAGGCUCCCAGUCCCUUGCCGGCCGUCGCCGAAGAAUCGGAUGAGAUCUCCACCGCCGCCAUCCUGAAGGAUGACGCGCCGCCGGAGGAGAACGAGAUCGCGCCAAUGGCCUCGUUAAACGAAGAGAAGUCCAUGGAGGUUAAGGAGGAAGCAAUGGAGGAAAAAACAGCGGAGGUGACGGCGGGAAGUGAGAAAACUCAGGAGGAAAUUGUGGUGGAAAAGAUUGUGGAGGAGACGACAGUAGAGAAGAUAGAGAAGGAGGUCGUUGUAGAAGAAACUGUCACAGUGAAGGCUCCGAUGGAAGGCGGCGCGAGCAAUGUGGUUGUUCCAGAAGUUUCGGGCGAGGCCGAAGAUGAGGAGAAUGAGGCAGAAGAUGAGGAGAAUGAGGCAGAGGAUAAAGAGGUUGAAGAAUCAGAGGAAGAAGAGUCUGAGGAAGAGGAAGAGGAAGAGGAAAAGGAGGAAGCAGGGGAGAAACAAAUAGCUCAAGAGGAAACUGGGGAAGGUGAGAUUGAAAGCAUUAGCGGAGAUGAUGAAGAAAAUGAUGAAGAUGAUCCAGCUAUGUAUAUAUCCCCUAUGACAGAGAGAAAAAAGCAGAAGGAAUUUGAGUUAUUCAUUGGUGGGUUGGACAAAGGGGCAGUUGACAGUGAUUUGGUUAAAGUUUUUGGAGUGUUUGGGGAGAUUCAGUCUGUAAGGAUAGUUAAGCAUCCAUCAACUCAAAAAAGCAAGGGUUUUGCAUUUCUUCGCUAUGCUAAUAUUGAGCAUACCAAAAAGGCUCUUGCUGAAUUGAAGGAUGGCAUAGAGGUAAAAGGCAAAAAAGUCAUGGUAUCAGCUAGUCAGGAUAAUGAUACCCUUUACUUGGGGAACAUCUGCAAGACCUGGACGAGGGAUCAUGUACUUGAGACAUUAAAAGGCUAUGGAAUUGAACAAAUUGAGGACGUGCUCAUACCAGAUGAUCCAAAGAGUGAAGGGAAGAUCAAGGGUUUUGCUUUUUUGGAGUUCAAAUCCCAUUCAGAUGCGAUGACAGCAUUUCAGCGCUUAAGAAAGCCUGAUGCAGUGUUUGGCCGUGAUAUAAGUGCCAAAGUUGGUUUUGCUCAAGCUCCCCUUCAUCCCUGUGAGGAAGACUUAAUGAAGGUGAAAACUGUAUAUGUGGAGGGUUUCCCUAAAUCUUGGGAUGAAGCAAAACUUGAAGAACUCUGCAAUCAAUAUGGUGAAAUAGAGAAAGUACAGCUCUUCCGUAAAAGGAAAGAUUUCGGGUUUGUUGGAUUUUUCUCUCGAGAUAGUGCUGUAGCCUGUGUGGAAGGAAUAAACAAUACUCAGUUCGAGGAAGGCAUUAAUGUAAAAGCAAACCUUGCAAAGCCUGUGUAUAAGGGUCGGCUUGCUAAGCAGAGUCGAGGUGGCUUCAAGGUUCAGAAGGAUGCUGAUUCUACUGAGGAACCUGACAAGUCCAAGAAGAACAAGGGAAAGUCAAAGGCGGUCCAUGACAAGAAAAAGCCUAAACCUAACUUCAAAAGUUCGAAUAAGAGUACACCUUCGAAGUCUCAAGAUAAGAACUUGAAGAAGAAAAACGAUUCGCGAAGAGUACAAUCUGCUAAGGGCCAAAAACGUGGCAGGAAAGACGCAGAUUCUUCCAUCAAUCAACAGCCACCCAAAAGAGCACGUAGGAACCAGAAUCAUGGAAGAAGGCAUGAUAGAUCUUCCACUGGUCACAGUAACUAUAGGAGCUCUUACCCUACAAACCCAUACACGCUACAUCAGACUGCAUAUGCACCACCUGCAACUAGUUACACAACACAUAUUUAUCCUGGGGCUUCUGUGACUCAACCUCGCCAUACUCAUCUGGAACCUCAUGCUGGAUACCUCCCUGCUGCUAACCAAGUCCGCCAUCCUUAUGAAUAUGAAGAUAGAAGAGCUGGGGCUUAUAGUUCCCAACCAAGGAGCAGCUCUGGAUAUGUAGCUUACAGUUCCCAACCAAGGAGUAACUCUGGAUAUGUAGGAGCAUCCACUGUGCCCAAUCCUUAUCCUGGAUACUCAAGCUAUGCAGGAUAUGAGACUGGUUAUGUAUAUCCAAGCAGUGGAGCUUAUGCAUAUCAAAGACCACCAUACUACUGAGAGGGUGGUUAGAUGACCAAACUACUCAUUCCCUCCCCAUUCCCUUGAUUUCGUCUGAAGGUGUUGCUCACUAAAGCUGGGAGAUCUAAAUUGGCAGGCGGUAAUAUUUCUUUGUCACUGCAAAGCAUAAUUCUGAACCCUGCCACUAUGCUAGAUGGGGCUAGCUAUAUUGGCAUCGAAACAUUAUGGUUCAAAUAGACUUAAUCUGUGAAAGAUAAGAUGCAUCUCUUCAAUGGCGAUGUAAACACAUUCGAAAAGGAAUUUUUGGUGUACAUCUUGUUUUUAGUUAAUUAGGCUGGAUCCACUUUGAGGUCUGCCAAUAACAGAGAUCCUGCUGAGAAAGGCCGGAUGCAAGUCUAUCCGUAUCAUUUUUCUUCUUGUUUCAGCCUGCACUUCUUGUUUCAGCCUGCAGCUUCAUGUUUUAGAAUGCGAUCACUAUAUCUUA